CGAUCCAUACAUAAUUUAAAAAUUAUUGAUUUUUAAACUUGGUAGUACUAGGAAUUUUUAGCUUGAAAGCGCAUUUUCUGGUAGUACGUUUUAAGAUACUUUGGGGAAGGCUGCGCCAACGAAACCUGCGGUGACGAACUGCGCUUCAAAGCACGGGACGCAACUUCAAAAAAAGGCCGAUAGUGCGAACAAGCGCGGGAUUAGGGCUAGUACAGUGAAGGCACCGGGGAAGGGCGAUACGUCCAAGACAAGGAUGAAGCCUUGGUCUGGAAAGGCUAAGGAUGAGCUCGGUGAUUCAGCUGUUGAGGCUGGAGAAUUUCAUCCGUCCUCGCAAGACUUCUACCACUUUGAACCAAAGGCUUAUAGGACCUUCAACGUCCUGUUGAGCGAUCUUGACACCACUGAGCCAUUCCGUUUCGUGAAUAAAUCUGCGGGAGCAUACAGUAAUUACAAAGAAUAUGUCUCUACGUUGAUUGAAAACGCAAGAAUUAUCCUCUUCCGACCAAAAGAUCGAUUUUUUGCUGUCAAUGCGGAACCAAUUGAUUCCAAAGCAUUCGCUCAGGCGCUCGAGCAUCUGCAGCCAGAAUCUGUUGAAUUUGAAGCGCGAAAGCCAGAUCCACCCUUCCUGGAGGGCGUGAAGCUGCGACCUUUAGACCGUAUCGUUGGAGUUUUGAUAGCAAAAGACCUGGAACAGCAGAAGCUGAAAAGAGAGGAACAUUUGCCUGCAGCAGUGAAAACGCCUUUGAAAAUUCGCGUCAAUGUCAUCCUAGAGCCGCUAAAACACGAAAAUGAUCGGUACGGAUACCAGAUUAACGACGGCGAAUUUCAAGAAUACCCCGCUUCGGUGGUCGAUCCUUUUCUUACCGCUAUUGCAAUGCUAGAAAAGGAUGAGAAAAUAUCUGAGGAGGCGAUCAUGUGUCAUCUCGGCAAUACAUAUUUCGAUAUUAGGCGCGGUAUAAUAAACGAAAAGAGAAGUCCAGCUACGAUCAACAAAAUUUUCAUCGGCAAACUUGAUGCAGAAAUGGUUGGUCGCAUCUGGAGCGAAUUUCUUAAAACCAUCUUUGACGUUCGCGGUACCACACACAUGGAUAUAAUUGUGAAUUUUCUAAAGCUGGUUGCCAGACGAAGUUUUGACAUGAAAACUAAAGAAAAGGAUACAAUCGUUUUCCAUUGUCUUGCCGGCUUGCCAGUCAGACUUUAGCUGGUUAUCAUGCUCAAAGUUACAUCGUACCGGCAUUCUCUUCAGCACUUCGGAUUUUUUUUGGCGAAUUUUUUGUUGCGUACCACAUAGAUUUGGACGAAGAUAACCUCCCUUCUUCGGCUACUGAGGAGUACCAUCUGACUGAGAAGGAACGUUUUAACGGUUUCAGUAUUCGUGAUUUUGUCAAAUGGAUUCGAAAGUGUAUGCCACGCUUGCAUAAAUUGAUUGAUUGGGAUAACGUUGAGUGUCCUUAUCGCGCUCUUCUUCGACCUGAGAUUGACGAGGUGUGCAAUCCCGAUAGCGCAAUGAAACUCGGGCUGGGCGACGAUGAUCCUGAUGUGUCCAAUAUUCAUGUUGAGAUAGCGCCUCGCCACGCAGCAAAAAUAUUCCGGCACGCUCUCCCUGUCGCGCCAGAGCAAAUUAUGCCCAUUGAGGAAGAUCUGUCUAAUCGAACGCGAGUGAACGUAAUGCCCAUUGACGACACUGAUUGGGAUUUGAACGACAUUCUGGGGACUACUAUACAGCAUAUCGAUAAUCUGCUUAACUGCAACGAUAUGGCCAAAAUCAAUCACAAACUAAAACCGCCAGGGUCACGAAUGGUGAAAAGUGCGCAGAAUUCAAUCGGAAGUCUAUCCAUGCUGCAACAAAAUGCGAUUCCCGUUUCUGAGGACUACGCAUGGGACAAAGUUACGAACAAGACGUGCCCUUUUGAUACAGAAUUUAACAAAGGGUUGUCUACUGCUUUCGAAUCUGUGCUGGUUGAAGUAAGUUUGUCACCAUCUAAGGCGAUAAUAUAUAAAUAGUAUUAUUGUACCUACAGUGCACAUGUUUUCGUAAUUAAGUGUCACUGUAUCCAGCUACCGUGCCGAACGUUCAGUGGUCACCAUGCCACGGUGAGAUAUGUCUGCUUCUUAAAACUUAUUCCAUUUAAACCGUAAGUCAAACCGUUGAUUCAAAGCAUAUCUAUCAGCUCUACGAAAAAGAGACGUUUCCAACGAGUUUUGUCCAGUUGACGGAUUCGAGCUGUAUUAUGAUCAUGAGACCUUGCUGCUGCCAACUACAGCUCUUCUUCACCCAGCGCUGUCGAUACCGGAGCUCCAGAUUACGCAUGAAAUGGGCCAGAAGUUUAAACAGGAGGGAGCGGGCCGAAUAUUAGUCCAUUUGUUAACCUUAUUAGCAAGCUUGCACGCAAGUGGUAUCCUUUGCUGGGUGGUUGUGAUGCCUUAAUUACGCUUAAGAGCGAUAUCCGCAAGAACAAAUUUAUGGAAGGCGUAUCGGGCAUCCAAAUCCUGGUCAUCGGCGACCAUGUUGUUAUCUUUGCCAAUUAGUACUGAAACCAGAGAACUUAGAAGCAGCGCGCACAUGGGCUCAGGAACCGCUUAAAGACCGCAAUGGCAAUGACAUUGUGCAGUCAACCAAUGCCAAGGUAGCCGGAGGCCCAGCAAAAUCGGAUGUUAAGAAAACCGGAAGCUCUCAGCUGGCGCUUCGGCCUUCUGGUGGUGUUGCCGCUGCUCCGGCUAUUUCCGCGCGUAACUUUAAGAAGCGAUCAAUAUUGGGUGCUCUUGACGAGUCGGAUAGGGAAGACAAAUCGUACGGCGAUCAGGAUAACGUUAGUUCAGAAGAAAGAAUGCGUGUUCCCUGUUUAUCGAUGCCAGCUCCAACAAAGCAGCGGAAAUCGUUGGCAGAAUUGGCUCAACGAUCGCCGGCUUGCUUUACGCCUGCAAAGCCGAAUACAAAGCCGCCUAACAGACCCGCGAAUCCGUCUCGUUAAAGCAGUUCCAAAUUCUUCGAAGAAAAAGCGGAUUUGACAAACCUGUGCAGAUACUGCUGUUGUUCGUCUUAGCAGUAUUGGUUUUCGGUAUCUAGGAUGACCGCAUAUCAAAUUUGUUUGUGUCAGUGCAUCCUUGCAUUGUCCUGGCGUGCAUUGUGCUUCAAUCAACCCGGAUCGUACGUGCGGAUGCGUAGGAUUCUGGCCAAGGUUACGGAUGCUCGCCCAAAUUCCGUCACUAAUCACAAAAAUCCUUGGUAUCAAGCCCAAAACAAUGUCUUCACGCCUUUGGAUAUAUGUCUCGUCUAUAUCUACUGCCAGGGUAACAGCACAAAAGAUGCGGUCAAGUAUGCACUAUUUCGGUACAAAGCAACUAACCGUGGCCCGGUCAGUUUAAAUUUUGCCGUGACACGGUUAAUAUCGGGAUAUGCUGUAUCGAACCAGCCCAAAGAGUAAUCUAUUUGCAAUUUUU